CAAGAUGGCUGACCCGGCGGCACCGACCGAAGGCGAAGAGAACACGGUCCGCUUCGCCCGCAAAGGGGCCCUUCGGCAGAAGAACGUCCACGAGGUGAAGAACCACAAAUUCACCGCCCGCUUCUUCAAGCAACCCACCUUCUGCAGCCACUGCACCGACUUCAUCUGGGGAUUCGGAAAGCAGGGAUUUCAGUGUCAAGUGUGCUGUUUCGUAGUCCAUAAGAGAUGCCAUGAAUUUGUCACCUUCUCCUGCCCGGGUGCUGAUAAGGGCCCAGCCUCUGAUGAUCCACGGAGCAAGCACAAGUUUAAAAUCCAUACUUACUCCAGUCCAACAUUUUGUGAUCAUUGCGGUUCUUUACUAUAUGGGCUCAUUCACCAAGGAAUGAAAUGUGACACCUGCAUGAUGAACGUGCACAAACGCUGUGUGAUGAAUGUCCCCAGCCUCUGCGGAACAGACCACACUGAGCGUCGCGGACGAAUCUACAUCAAGGCUCAGAUUGAUAAAGAAGUUCUCACUGUUGUUGUAAGAGAUGCGAAAAAUCUAGUACCCAUGGAUCCUAAUGGUCUAUCAGAUCCUUAUGUAAAACUGAAACUCAUCCCUGAUCCCAAGAGUGAGAGCAAGCAGAAGACUAAAACCAUCAAGUGUUCCCUCAACCCUGAGUGGAAUGAGACAUUUAAGUUCCAACUGAAAGAAGCUGACAAAGACAGACGACUUUCUGUGGAGAUUUGGGACUGGGAUCUGACCAGCAGGAAUGACUUCAUGGGAUCUUUGUCUUUUGGGAUCUCAGAGCUGCAGAAAGCUGGUGUUGAUGGAUGGUUUAAAUUACUAAGUCAGGAAGAAGGAGAGUAUUUUAAUGUUCCAGUCCCUCCUGAAGGAGAAGAAGGCAAUGAAGAGCUCCGGCAGAAAUUUGAAAGAGCCAAGAUUGGCCAGGGAACUAAGGUCACUGAAGAAAAAACAGCCAAUGCAAUAUCUAAAAUUGACAACAAUGGAAAUCGAGAUCGGAUGAAACUGACUGACUUUAACUUUCUCAUGGUGCUGGGGAAAGGCAGCUUUGGCAAGGUCAUGCUUUCAGAAAGAAAAGGCACUGAUGAACUCUACGCUGUGAAGAUCCUGAAGAAAGAUGUCGUGAUCCAAGAUGAUGAUGUGGAGUGUACAAUGGUGGAGAAGAGAGUGCUUGCUCUUGCUGGGAAGCCUCCAUUCCUGACACAGCUUCACUCCUGUUUCCAGACAAUGGAUCGUCUAUAUUUUGUGAUGGAAUAUGUGAAUGGUGGUGAUCUCAUGUACCAGAUCCAACAGGUUGGACGAUUUAAGGAGCCUCAUGCUGUAUUCUAUGCAGCAGAAAUUGCUAUCGGUCUAUUCUUCUUACAGAGCAAAGGCAUCAUUUAUCGGGACCUAAAACUUGACAAUGUAAUGUUGGAUUCUGAAGGCCAUAUCAAGAUCGCUGACUUUGGCAUGUGCAAGGAGAACAUCUGGGAUGGGGUGACCACCAAGACAUUCUGUGGCACUCCGGACUACAUUGCUCCUGAGAUAAUUGCCUACCAGCCUUACGGGAAGUCGGUAGAUUGGUGGGCAUUUGGAGUGCUGCUGUAUGAAAUGCUGGCCGGCCAGGCUCCUUUUGAAGGAGAAGAUGAAGAUGAGCUUUUCCAGUCUAUCAUGGAGCACAAUGUGGCUUAUCCCAAGUCCAUGUCAAAGGAAGCUGUGGCCAUCUGCAAAGGGCUGAUGACCAAGCACCCAGGUAAACGUCUGGGAUGUGGACCUGAAGGUGAACGAGAUAUUAAGGAACAUGCAUUUUUCCGGUAUAUUGACUGGGAGAAACUUGAACGCAAGGAGAUUCAGCCCCCAUACAAGCCAAAGGCUUGUGGGCGAAAUGCCGAAAACUUCGACCGGUUUUUCACCCGCCAUCCACCCGUCCUAACACCUCCUGACCAGGAAGUCAUCAGGAACAUUGACCAAUCAGAAUUCGAAGGAUUUUCCUUUGUUAACUCUGAAUUUUUAAAACCUGAAGUCAAGAGCUAA